AUGGCGUAUAAUGCUGUUAUAUCCACUCAGUGCCAUCUGUUCCGCUUGGCGCUGUCGUUCUUCCUCCCAGGGCCAGAUGAAGAUGCACUGAAGCAUGCCGCCCCGUGCUGUGAAACCCAAAGGGAGCACCGGCGUAUGUUUCGAAUUCACUUUGCUGCCCCGGCCCUCUUUCUCAUGGGUGUGGGACAGGAGGCCGUGCGGUGCAUGAAGUCAUGGGCAGCAAACGCAACAAGGGCUAUAGAGAGGUUCUUCUUGGUUUUCGCUAAGGACGUGUUAUGCACCAACUCUGGGUUUGAUGUCCUAGCUCAAGCUUCACACUACUGGCCUCUGGGGACCGUGGAAGGAAUCCAUGAGUUGCGGGACACAAAUGGAGAUAUAGUAGAAGGAAUGGUGAACAAGGGGAUUUGCAUCCCAGAUCCAACAGGAGUGAUGUUUCUCCUCUUUGGAAGCUACCAAAACUCUUGCAUUAUUAAUCCGGAACUUUGUGAACCUGAAGGUGUAACAUUCUCUUUUUUCUGGAAGACAAAGACACAACAACCCAAUUCUCCCCCAGCAUAUGGCGAUCAGGUACUUUCCAAUGGGUUCAAGAUCUCCUUCAGUGAAGGCAAAGGAUCCGUGGAACUGUAUAACCAUCAGCAUUCGUGGAAAUGGGAGGCAAGUUUCAUCCCAUCAGGUCCCUACUGGACUCAUGUUCUCUUCACCUGGAAGUCUCAGGAUGGUUUGAAAGUGUACGUCAACGGAACCUUACAUACCACUGACCCUAACGGGAAAGUUUCCUACAGUUACGCGGACUCGAGCUCAAAUAUGUUGACGGGAUCAGAGGGUGACCAGACUGGACGUUAUGUUAAUGGGGUUUUUGAUGAAUUUAUCAUAUGGGAAAGAGUGCUCACACCUAAGGAAGUUGAGCAGUAUUUUACAGCCGCUGUUGGUGAUCAACCUUUGCUUUCUUCGACAGCUCCAUGGGGCCAGCAAGCAACGGAAACAGUUCCAAUGCCAUCCAGAAAUGCCUACCGACCCAUCAUAGUUAACCUUACGGAGGAGAGAGGAAACUUCCUUUACCCUGGUGCCAUGCUGGACUACUUGGAAAACAUUUCCCUUGCCUUACCCAAUGAAUCACUCUCAGCAGAGACCGCCUUUAAUCUUACUGAGGCUUUCUUGCAAACUGUGGAAGAUGUGCUUUCUUUACCCAGCUGGAUUGAAACUGUGGAGACGGCACCCUUUGCUGGAGCUUUGGUCGAAACGGUUGACAGCGUGAUGUCGCACGUGGCCCGGAAUUUGGGAGGAAGCCCAUCGGGUGUAGCUUUCGAAGGAGCUUCAUCAGUGGCAGAUUAUUCUUUGGCCAAGAAGCCUCUUCAGCUCCUGAACGUGUCUCACUAUCGCUUCCCGUUGCAAGGGCAGAGUUAUAUCUCAAUCCCUGGUGAAGCUUUCCAAGCCAAAGCUUGGAUUACCAUUGUGGGGCUCCUCUACCACAUGAUGCACCAAUAUUUCCACAGUAUCAAACCUAUGGAGACCAAGAUCCCAGAAGCUGCUUCCUGCAAAGACUGCAUGAUUUCGGCAGCCAGCUACCUGAUUUCCCUGAAAGUGGAGCCCCCACCGACUCUGUCCCCAAACCUGUCAGGUUCCCCUCUUAUCACCAUCCAUUUGACGCACAAACUGCAUCCCCUGCAAUGGAGCGAAUCGGCCAGCCGGUGGCAGUGUGGCAGUGCGGCAGUGCGACAUUGA